CGAGUUGCAUGGCCGGCCAGUUCGAGUUACCCCACAUCGGAUGGAUUGAUCAGCGGUGAAGGAGCGGCUGGGCAAGAAAGAAGCGUCACAGCGUGGAGCGACCCGAGGACGGCGAGUCGAUCCAAGAAAUGGUCAAGACGCUCCAUCGCCGACUGCAACUCGCGGCCGCACCACCAUGCUCCCCCCAACGCCCGCUAGACGCCUCCUUGACUCGUAGCAUAGCCAGCGUCACGCUGCGAUCCGCCCGCCAUGAGCAACAUCUCUGCGCUCCUCAACCCUGAGCCAGCGCCGCAGAAGCCCUCGCCGUCAUCACACCCGCCCUCGCGCGUUGCCUCCAUGGACAGCUACACCCCGACCACCACCACCUUCGAGGCCGCAGACGCCCUGACUGCGCUCGCGACGGGCGCCAACAAUCCAUUGUAUGCUGGCGCGCAAGACUCGCAUCCUCCGGUCCCAUACCCCGACGCGCGGCGGCGGAGCAGCAUCUCGUCUCUGAUCGCCCCCGUCGAGCCCUCGCCACCCAUCGAACACGCUCAAGUAUACUCGCCGACGCUGGAUCAGUAUCAUCACAGCUCAAGAUCGCCCGACGAGCAAAGGUGGCCCUCGAUCACCUCAAGAACCUCGUCGACGAACGUCCUCGCGCCCAUACACUCCUUGAGCAGCAUCCUCAAUGAGCAGGUCAAAGCAGAGCCCGAGCAGGCAAGCCCAUCGUUCGGGCACGAUGUUUCGCAGAUCGUCCCGCCUCGGUCGAGUGAGGCCAGUGAGGAACGCGUGGUGGACGGGACACAAUAUCGCGAGCCCGGCUUUGUGCGCGACAAUCCAACCACCGCGCAAAUUCGCGAGCCCUCAUUCGGAAUCCAAGACUCUCCUCAUCCUAUUUCUACCGCAGUCCCUCUCACCUCGGACCUACACGACACACAACCUUCACCUCUACCUGCGAUAAAGCCCGAACCGAACGGCACACCACGAGAAGGCACACCACAUUCCCUUGUCCUUGAAAGAAGGGGUUCCGUUACUGACGCAUCCGUGGACACAGAAACUCUGAAGGCAAUUGAGGCUGUCAAGCAAAGUGAACUGGGACUCCGCGCAAAGAGUCGCGACACCGUCACUCCGACUAGGGACACGCUCAAGCCAGUUGCUGCUCCAUCAAAGAAGCGCCCAGCGCCCAAAUCGGCUACCACUAAGAAGGGCAUGGCAUCGAAGAAACCUGCGCCCAAGAAGCGCAAGCUAGACGCAGAGACUUCCAGCGCUGGUGGCACACCCAGCGUCCGACGAUCAGAAACACCCUCCUCCCGCACUUCGAAAGCUGCGCCGCUCAGUAAAUCGCAAGCGAGAAUAACGUCCCAAGCCGGCACUCCUGUUGGCAGCUCACCUGCGCCCGAUCGCUCCUCCCAAGCGCCCGUCUCCGAGGUCGAGGAUUCAGAGGGUACAAACGAAGACGACGACGCUAUCUUCUGCAUAUGUCGAAAACCGGAUAAUCACAGGUGGAUGAUUGCAUGUGAUGGUGGCUGCGAAGACUGGUUCCAUGGCUCUUGUGUCAACAUGCGCCAGGACGAUGAAAACUUGAUCGACAAAUACAUUUGCCCCAACUGCGAGACCACCGGGAAAUAUACCACAUGGAAACCCAUGUGCAGGAGGGACGGCUGUCGGCAACCUGCACGGCUAACCAAGGGCGCUGUGAGUAAAUACUGCUCCGACGAAUGCGGCGUGCUAUUCUUCAAAAAUGCCGUGGGCAGGCAAAGCAAGAGGAAAUCCGAGACUGGAACAACCGGGAGGCGUACCAAGAGGAAAACACACAAGGAUGCGGACGGAGAAGCGCAUAUGGAUGAUGAUGAGGAGGAGCCAUCACCGCGCGGCGGCGUUCUCAGAACUCGAGACCUCAAGGCUCUAGCACAGUCUUCGGAGGAUAUUGAGUCCUUCCGCAAGUUGGGUUCGGGAGUACUAUCGCCACCAGCCACAGCUUCCCCUACCAAAGCGUCCUUCUCAGAUUCACCCAAGCUACUAAAUGGAGUCAACCAUGCCGACACAAACAGGACUAUGUCGGCGCCAUCGAUACUUCUCAAUCGCGCCGAAACCGAGCAUCUCUCGGCGCUCAGUGUUGAGAAAAUUGGGCUGCAAUCCCGUCUGUCUCUUCUCAAAGACCGCGAAAAGUUUGUUUCCCUCACCCGCGAGCACGCCGUCCGAUACGCCGAGCGUGAAGGACUCAAGCCUAAGGAAGUGUGCGGGUAUGACCGCCGUCUUGCGUGGAGCGAGACCGAAUUCGCUGGUUGGCGUGCUUCCAAAAUCGGUAAAGCGUCCCUCAAGCACAACACACUGGAGCCCGCGGACGACGACGUGGCAGCCGAGUCCGGCGCGGAAGAAGAGAGCGUCGCAGAGAAAGAGGCCGGUGACGAUGUGGACAACUCCGCGCUGUGCACGAAGAAACGGUGCGCUCGUCACGCAAAUUGGCAGAAGAUCAACCUGCAGGACGCUCGUCUUGAAGAAGUGGAAGUGUUUGAGAGCAUUAAGCGUGUUGAGCAGGAAGAGAAGGAGGUGCGUGAAAGGGCCAUGCUUCGAGCGAGAGCAGAUGCGGCGGCAAAGAAGAUCGAUGCCGUCCAUGGACGUAGGGCUGAAGGCUGGGUGGAGAGAGUAGGGGCAUAGGAUAAUAGGCUUUUGGUACACCGUACGACGAUAUCAGUUCUCGCGAUUUCGAUUAUCUUGCAUCAGCAGUGUGGGCAAAACAGGAGGUUCUUAUCUCUUUGGUCGACUUACGGGAUAACCAAUGGUGUCAAUCAAAUUUCAUGGUAUCGAUAU